UCCCAUAUAUAUUAUAUACACCUACAUACACUUCUCACAUUGACAACUACACAAGCAGUCAUAUCUAGCAGUUAGUACGUACAUACAUAUGGACAUACAUAUUUCUCUCUAUACUUACAUACAAAUACACAGAUAUCAGCACACCAUCUGCUCCCCACCCCAACCCAACUCACACACGUGUGUGUAUAGAUAUAUAUAUAUCCUGUUGACAAGGCUUUCAACAUGUCUGAGCGAAUAUUUGUUACAAUUAAAUAUGGAGACAACCAACAUACUAUUCUCAACCCAAACUGUAGAAUGCUUAUAUUUACAGAGUGGUUAAAAAUGAAAUGUAAAUAUGACAAAACCCUUGAAAUCGAUCUGAUGGAUUUUUCUGGAAACAUAUUAAACUUGUCUUCUUCUCAGCGAUGGUAUGCAAAUGAAGUUAUUAACGUGGGCGAAACCUACGUUCUUCUAUCUGUGGAACGUGACAAUGGGAAUAUCAAAUAUAUUUCAUUAUUGGAAAAUCUAGAGAAAAUCCACCCUGAACUUUACAACAAACUGGAAGGAUUGUCAGGAAGUUCGAAAUCACCAGCAAGAAGUGUAAGCGGGAAAUCAAGAAAGUCUGGCAAGAAUAGCAAAUUGAAAUCAAGUCCGUCACCAAACAUAAAUCAACGUUAGCAGAUGGGAUCUUUUGAAGAUGAAGGUCUCUAACCGAAAGAAGUGCGGUGUCAGUUUAUCGAAAACACUUGAUCGAACUGCAAAUGAUCGAAAACAGUUACUUAAAAAAAAAAUCAGUCGAUUGAUGGAACAGUAGCUCGAAUCGACCAAUUAAGCGAAUUAUAGUAAAUAUUUGAAAUACGAAAAACAGGGCGAAAUAAAAGGAAACAACACAAUGUUCCAUUA